ACUGCCCCACCAAAGCUGUGUGGUUGAGCGAAGUGAAUGACGUCUCUGCAUUUGCGGGCCGCCGACGCAGGGCUGGGUUUCCAUUUUCAGAGCGAGUUUCGGGGGGAUCGUCAACAUGGAGCCGGAGAUGGAGGACAAAACGCUGGAGCUGAUGAACACGUCAGGGAUGGACUCACAGAACCUCGUGGACGAUCUGUCGCCAAAGAAGAACACAGUUCUCAAGCUUAGUAAUGGUCCUGUUGUGGGGUCCCGCAAGCGCCUGUCAGAGGGGAACUACGAGAAGGAGAAGGAACACUGCAUCGCCCUGUUUGACCAGUGGUCGGAGGCCGACCAGGUGGAGUUUGUCGAGCGCCUGAUCUCCCGUAUGUGCCACUACCAGCACGGCCACAUCAACUCCUACCUCAAACCCAUGCUGCAGAGGGAUUUUAUCACUGCGCUGCCAGCCCAAGGCUUGGAUCACAUAGCGGAGAACAUCCUGUCUUUCCUGGAUGCACGCUCGCUGUGCUCGGCAGAGCUGGUGUGUAAGGAGUGGCAGAGGGUCAUCUCUGAGGGUAUGUUGUGGAAGAAGCUCAUCGAACGCAUGGUCCGCACUGACCCGCUUUGGAAAGGCCUGUCUGAGAGACACCAGUGGGAGAAAUAUUUGUUCAAGAACCGCACGUCAGAAGUCCCACCCAACUCCUACUAUCACUCCCUGUAUCCCAAGAUCAUUCAAGACAUAGAGACUAUUGAGGCAAAUUGGCGAUGUGGCAGACACAACUUGCAGAGGAUUCAGUGUCGCUCAGAAAAUAGUAAAGGGGUUUACUGUCUCCAGUACGACGACGACAAGAUCAUCAGUGGCCUUAGGGACAAUUCCAUCAAGAUCUGGGAUAAGCAGUCUCUGGAGUGUCUCAAGAUACUGACCGGUCACACAGGAUCAGUGUUGUGUCUUCAGUAUGAUGAGAGGGUCAUCGUCACCGGGUCCUCUGACUCCACUGUCAGGGUGUGGGAGGUGACUACAGGUGAGGUACUGAACACACUGAUCCACCACAACGAGGCAGUUCUUCACUUACGCUUCGCCAACGGACUGAUGGUCACCUGCUCCAAGGACCGCUCAAUUGCUGUCUGGGACAUGGCCUCUCCUACUGACAUCAGCCUACGUCGCGUCCUUGUGGGACACCGGGCUGCUGUCAAUGUGGUCGAUUUUGAUGACAAAUACAUUGUGUCCGCCUCAGGGGACCGUACCAUAAAGGUAUGGAGCACCAGCACCUGUGAGUUUGUGCGCACACUAAAUGGUCAUAAGAGGGGCAUUGCCUGUCUACAGUACAGAGAUCGACUGGUGGUCAGCGGCUCAUCUGACAACACAAUCCGGUUAUGGGACAUAGAGUGUGGGGCAUGUUUGCGAGUGCUGGAAGGUCACGAGGAGCUGGUGCGUUGCAUUCGCUUUGACAACAAAAGGAUUGUCAGCGGGGCCUACGACGGCAAGAUCAAGGUGUGGGACCUGCAGGCAGCCCUGGACCCAAGAGCCCCCGCCAGCACAUUAUGUCUGCGCACUCUAGUGGAGCACUCUGGCCGCGUCUUUCGUCUCCAGUUUGAUGAGUUUCAGAUCAUCAGCAGUUCUCACGACGACACCAUUCUGAUCUGGGACUUCCUGAACGUCUCGACCAAUGGCCAGUCAGAGGGACGGUCUCCCUCUCGCACCUACACUUACAUUUCUAGAUAGCAGACACUCUACUAUCCCCCAGGUGGCGCCAUCAACCGCACCCUUUCUAGGAGGAGCCCAGGGCUGAUUGGCUGAUGGGUGCGUCCGUCAUGGAAAAGAGCCCAUCUCUUCUCCUUCCUCCUCGUCAUCUCUCUGUCCACUUCCCACCCUGCCCCAGCCACAUCCACCAUCCUGCCUGUUCUGACAGACCCUUGAGCUUGUGCCCAUUGCCUGCCAGUACUGUGACAUGCACACACACACCGGUCAACACCGAUGAGGAUUCCCUUCUACAGAACCAACUCAACUCUCCAAAGAAGUUCACCUUGUACUACUAAUUUAUGUUUUGUAAAGUACACUAAUGACAGUAUUAACUUAGACCUUAUAUAAGUCACAAGCUCCAUUUGUGUGCCCUUGAUACAAACUAAAAGCAGCUUUUUCUCCAUAUAUAUAAAUAUAUAUGUGUGUGUGUGUGUGUGUGUGUCUGUAUGUGUGUGUAUAUAUGUGUGUGUAUGUAUAUAUAUACACUCACACACACGCUUGCGCACACGCACACACACACACACACACACACACACACACACACACACACACACACAUAGACACACAGACACACAUACAGUGGCACAGUUGGACAGAGGAUGACCGGAGCUGUGAUGCGGGAGACAGAGACUCUUUACUCAGCUCUAGGAAAGGAGGGAAGGAUGGGAGAUGGAGGGAGUGAACAAGGGAGAAAUGUGUAGGGAUGACUUCCCUGCUCCCUCUCACUCCCUCACACUCCUCCCUGUCUCUCCCCCACCCCACCCCACCCCGCCCC